AAAUUAAGUCUCUUCCGAUAUUAAAGUAUAAUAUACUGUGAUAUUAAAUAUUAAAUCAUUAAAAUAAUAAGAAAAAAAUGAAAUUUUACGAAAGUUUAAUUCUCCUUGCGCUGGUUGCGAGCGGUCAAUGUUUUCCAAAACCUUAUGAUGAAGAUGUCAGUUACGCCUACGACUUUCCGUUCAUGUCUCGUAGCGACUGGGGCGCGCGGCCGCCUGUGAGGACAGUUCGGCUCUCUCUACCAGUGCCUUACGUCAUCAUUCACCACAGCUACAUACCCGGCCCGUGUUCAACUACCAACCAGUGUAUCAACGCAAUGAGGAGUAUGCAGAACUCACAUCAACUGCACCAGGGCUGGGAUGACAUUGGAUAUAGUUUCGCGGUGGGUGGCGACGGCGUGGUGUAUGAAGGCCGCGGUUGGAACAACGUGGGCGCCCACGCUCUAGGAUACAACUUUAAUAGCAUUGGGAUUGUCCUUAUCGGCGAUUUUGUUUCUCGUUUACCGCCUAGAAGACAACUGAAUGCUGCUAAAAGAUUGAUAGCGAAAGGUGUAGAGCUGGGCCACAUAAGUCGGAAUUACAAUCUUCUUGGACACCGACAAGUCACCCCAACAGAAUGCCCCGGCAAUGCCCUCUUCAGGGAAAUCACGACGUGGGAUAGAUUUACAAAUUAUAACAUGUAAAGGAUCGAUCAAAGAAAUUAAAUUGGACAGUAAUCAUUG